UGUAUCUCUCGGGCCUGCUUUCGGUGAGUGCUCAUUGCAAAGUUCUCCUCUCUACCAUCAGCUGAGCUGGCGCUUUCCCAUGUGACUCCCUCCCCCGGCAGCAGGAAGCCAUGGCGUUUCAAGGUCGGCUGUCUCUCUACCUGGUUCUCUGCUUGUCCUGCUCCUUUGGGGCAGGGGAACGAUACUUUAACCCUGAUCUACCAUGUCACAAACCGCUAGCCGGGAAAAUCCGGAGCAUCAAGACUUAUCCUCGACCUCAUGAAUAUCUGAACACCUUCAAUUUGCCAAAGGUCUGGGAUUGGAGAAACGUGAAUAACAAAAGUUACGUCAGUACAACCCGCAACCAGCAUAUUCCUCAAUACUGUGGCUCAUGCUGGGCUAUGGCAGCAACUAGUGCACUUGCAGAUCGUACCAACAUCAAGAGGAAAGGUGCAUGGCCGUCUGCGUACUUAUCUGUCCAGAAUGUUCUAGACUGUGGAAAUGCUGGCUCUUGCUUUGGGGGAGACCAUUUGGCAGUUUGGAGUUAUGCUCAUGAUAAUGGAAUACCGGAUGAAACCUGCAACAACUACCAGGCUAAAGACCAAGAGUGUAAACCGUUUAAUCAGUGUGGCACAUGUACCACUUUUGGUGUCUGCAGUGUGAUCAAAAACUAUACCCUGUGGAAAGUUGGAGAUUAUGGUGAAAUUAGUGGACGUGAGCAGAUGAUGGCAGAAAUCUACACCAAUGGGCCUAUCAGCUGUGGUAUCAUGGCAACGAAGAAACUGGAUGCCUACCGUGGAGGAGUGUUUGCAGAAUACAAGCCACUGGCCAUCACGAAUCACAUUGUGUCAGUAGCAGGCUGGGGUGAGGAUGAUGAUGAAACAGAGUACUGGAUAGUACGGAACUCCUGGGGUGAACCAUGGACUGCAAAUCCAAGAAAAUGUAGAAGAAAGAAUUUCAUACAAGACCCAAGUUAACCUGCUCAACCACUGAAUUGAAGGAUGACCAUCACCCUACAGACAAUAGCACAUCAUCAUGGCAAAAAUCAGAAUGAAACUUUCUACUUUGUUGAUCUUUGGUAUACUGUGUAUAUUCUUUGCCACCCAUAGUUUAUGGUUAAAACAUUUAUCUUUUGUCUGUGUUAAUCAUGAUUAAGGGAUGUUAGUGCAGUUUUGAAGGGGUAAACUUUAAGCUGCAUAAAUUAGAAAACCUUUUGUUUUGCUGUUCUUGUCAAAGCGAAGCAUGUUACAGUAAGGAAAGUUCUUUCUGUAUUACCAAAAAAAAAAAACUUAAAAAUAAAAACCAAAAGAACUGCGGAUGCUGUAAAUCAGGAACAAAAACAGACGUUGCUGGAAAAGCUCAGCAGGUCUGGCAGCAUCUGUGAAGUAAAAAACAGAGUUAACGUUCCUCAUUCGGAGGGUCACCAGACCCGAAACGUCAACCAAAAAAGCCUGAUGUGAAUUACUUUUAUCCUGAGUAGCAGUCAGGCAAAUUACACAUUUUGGUGAUUACAUUGGGAUUUUGUACAUUUACAUAUUAUGUGACGGCUUGUGGAACACUGGGGCACUCUUGUGCACUCUUUCCAGUGAAAUUGUGACACUGUCAUGCAAUAAAUUACACCAUAUUAUGCAA